UUGCCAUCUCUGAGUCCAUGGCCCAACCAGGAAGAAAACCUUGGAGUCCCAGUUCCAACCACUGGCUCGAACCUGUACAACACAUGCCGUCUUAAUCCUGUGCUAUGCCAAAUUAUUUUGUGAGGCUACAUUCCUUAAAUGUUUACGGGGUGUAUUGGGUCCCUUGGGUGGGAGAUGCCAAGACUAUCAUUGUAACACAUUACAGUACACAUUACGGAAUCUCCUUUAGGUUUUUCCACUAUGGUUUUUCCACCAGGUGGCGUCCUAUGCCUGCCAUAACAUCGGUCACCCCUAAUUCUAGCUGCUCUCUCCACACACUCCUAGGAAAAACUUCAUAUAAAACUUCUUAUCUUCCAAAACCUAGUGGAUUUCACACACUUGUGCUGCUUAGUUAUCUCCUGUAUUCACACCCUCCAGUACCACAACAUGAGGUUUGUUUCUGAUCCCUAGAAAGGACGCACAAGAUUUACACAGAACUCCAGUUUAGAGCUGUGCAGCAGCCCUCGCUGAUUUAGGGUCACAUGGGCUUUUGAUGAAUUUGGGUUCACAGCCCCUGAGACUCACAGGGGAGUUUAAGUUCAAAUGAUUUCAAGACAAAACCUAGCUAGAACUGGCUGUUCUUCAUGGUUUUAACACAAAUCCCAGUUGGUGUAAAUUGACAUAGAUCCAUUGCUGUCAACAGAUCCGUGCCAAUUUAAACCAGUUGAGCAUCUGGCCCCAAAACUGAAAUCUGUCUGGGGAUCCUAGGGAGUGGGAGGUAGUUAAUUCUGAAUUCAGACCCAGAUGCUCAAAAGUAUUUAGGUUAAGUGCCUAAAGACUUCUCCAAGCUAUGACCUCCAGUUCACUCUGAAACUCUUUCCUGACUGCAUUCCAAUUCAGUAUUUAAACACUGUCUCCCAAAAAUCCUCAUGUAGUUUCAGCUGGCUAGAAUGGUAUUCUUCUUCACUUCUCCUCCCAAACUGCUGUAUAUUAUUGCUGUGUGCUCGUAAAAGCAGCUGCUAUGCUCCAUCCCAGAGCUGGCUAUGUUUCAUUGCUGGGAGAGCAACCAUGUAAACAGCUACGGCAUUUCAUGCCUUUUACUAGUAGAUAAAGUGCUCCCUUCUAGAACAGCUGCCAUGUCCCACUCCAGAGGUGGCUGCAUUUCAGUGCUGUGUGAAGUAGUCCCUGUAUUUAUAUCAGUUUCUUAGGCAGAUUGAUCAACUGUUUUACUAUAUCAGGGUUAGAUAUGAUUAUUCGUAAUGAAGUGGCUAGAAAGCUUCAAUGUUUCAUUUAUUCUUCAGGGUCCCUGUGUAGAAACCAAGAGACGCAGAAUAUGCAGCAUCGUUUUGCCCUGCUGGUGCUGCUGCAUAUGCAGGUUUGCCUGCUGUUGAAGGACUGCGAGUGGAAAGUUGUGCUCAAUGAUUUUGAUAAUCUAGGUGGGGACCAAGCUGUGUUUUUUAGGCAGCACCCAGUCACUAGCAUAGCAUCUGUGUUCCAGAAUCUGACAGACUCAGCUAUAGACCUGAAUGAUAAAAAAUCGCACUACCUGGGCUUCCCGUACUACCUGAAAAUCAAUCUAACCUGCCUCACUCAGGACGCGGUGAAAGUCAUUCGCAAGGCUCACCUGACUGGGCUGCGGCCCAUUGUGACCGUAAGGUUCGAAGCGUCCGUCAAUCCAGAACAUCAGAAACCCGAGCAGCUGCAGAUUGAGAUGAAAGGGGCCCCUUACCGGCUUCAGGGGCCUUGUGCCAGUGAAGAGGUUUGCCGGAUGUGCUGGUACACGCCCAUGCCAAUGAUGAAGAGGAGCGUGGUGAUGGAGGUCCUGGUGGAGAGCAACGGCCUGGGCCUUGAGGUGGACAGCAAGAGAUUUUUGAUGAAUAUUAACGGCUACAUGAAGAAAACUGAGACCGGUUUACAGUCUUCCCUAGGAGACAAGGUUACAACACUGGUGGAGGUAAUGUCACUGUACAGCCCGACCCGUCCCAUUUGGUCCACCUUCAAUCAAGCCCCCGUGCUGAUCCUCGGGGGAUUCCACGCUUACAAAAUCAUUCUGGUUUCAGACUCGGAGUUUGCGGAUUUCACUGCAGUGGAGGUGGCGAUCGACAGCUGCUGGAUUGGGUCCCUGAACUGCCCCCUGUACAUGUUCUCCUCCUCCAUUUACGAUGCCAUCGCUAUGGAAAGUGUGCUCUUCAUCCGUCAGAACCAGCUGGUCUAUUACUUCACUGGGAACUAUUCGGUCCUUUCUCCUCGUGUGCCGGGAUCUGGCGUCUGGACCCGUGUGCUGAACGACAUCUGCGUGUCACAGUUAAACCCUGUUCAUUUCCCCCACAACGGCUCAGAGUAUGUGAUUGCUGUAGGAGGGGGCAUGCACGAAGGAGAAUUCUUCCUUGGCACCAUUCGCGAUGGAGUCGUUCAGUUUCCCGAAUCACACGCCAAGGGGAGGAAGAGAGUGUGCGAAUAUUUGAAGAUUUCUUGCACGAUCCUCUGGGCCGUCUACAUCACGGAAGAGGAGAAGAUUGUGCUGCUGGUGGAAGAGAAGAAAAAGAACGAGUCCAGUUACUACAUCGUGGCCUACGAUCAAGUCAAUGCAGCUUUCAGGAUGUUGUACCACUUACCUCGCUUCAUACCCAAAGACACUGGGAAAGGGUUUGUGAUGUUGCUGGGGCUGGAAGAAUACACGGAUUCCCUGCUGAUCCCAAGAGGGCUGUCCUAUAACCCAUUCAGCACAAUCUUCUACAUCUGGGGCAAUGUUGUAUUACAAAGCUACGACCUGGUUAAUUACAUUCUUCUCUCCGGCUUCCCACAAGAGUCCCCCAUCAGCUACUUCAUUCUGUCGUAUGUAGGGGAAGUCGUGUUUGUGACAGACUCGGAGGAGAUCUGGUUUUCUGUGGAAGGCAGCUCGGUCGUCAGUCGGCUUCACCCCUCCGAAGCCUGGGACACGUACCUCAGCCUACAGCUAAUGAGAGAGUCAAAGGACUUUAGCUUGAAUGAGUCAUUUGUGAGCCUCUUCUUUAACAAGGAGGGACUGCAGCAGCUGGUUUACAUAAUGGAUGGACAAGGGGAGGGAAAGCUGAUCAAGAGGAACUUCCCUCUCCAUUACAUACUGUCGUACCAGCUCCUCAUCGUCAAUCAGUACCGUUCGGUGUAUUUCCACAAUGCUCAGUACAUCAGGUUCAUCCAUCCCUGCUCCUUCUCGGUCAUGCACCUCGUGGACCUCCCAGCCCCCCAGCGCUUCACCCGGACAGAGCACUAUUGCUCCGAACCGCCGGAUGUCAUGGACAGCACAGGCUUCCACAACAACGUGUCUCUGGCUGUAUACCAGGGACUGAUCUUCCAGCUGCUCUGGCUGCAUGCAGACUAUAGCAGGCCUUAUGCUGACCCGGUCCACGACCCAACUUGGCGCUGGUGGAAGAACAGAAAGAAAUAUGCAGAAUAUUUCUUUUACGUAGCAAGCAACGGCAACUCCUCCGGAGGUGUCUACGUCAACAUGGAGAGCUACUUGAAGAUCUACGACCUGCAGCCCAAUAACGAGCUGCCCAGCAAGAUUUACCUGGACAAAAAUAACGUCUAUUCUUUCUCGGUGUUCCUGAGCGUCAGGUUGACGAGAGAAAGCAGGCGGGAAAUGCUGGAAGAGAACUCCCUUGAUUUUGUGUGGCUCACCAUUGUCUUAGCGCAUCCGAAGUUUGUGGUUUCACACCUCCACCGGCACUAUCUGAUCGGCUGGGGCUCCAUACUGUAUACGGUGACCAUCAGUGACACCGGACUGUAUGCGAAACAAGAGCUGAGUGGGACAAACCUUCUGAGGAGUUCAAUGGCUUUAAAGGUUAUGAAUGCAGCAACAAACUGUUACCAGUACACAGUGUCCGGCCCAAAACUCCAGGGCUAUGCCAUGGUGCCAAUCUUAAUUGGCUGCCCCCCAGGCAAGCGGCUGGCCUUUGACAUCACCCGAACCCUGACGUACACCACCGAACAGAACAAGCGGUACUUUGACUGCACCCACAAGAACCCAGAAUUGCCAUGCUUCUCCUUUAACAAUGUAUUUUACCCCUUCUUCUUGAUCCAAGACAUGGUGACAGGGGACUCGGGACCUUUCAAGGGCAGCUACAUUCUGAGGAUCAUCGGAGGAGGGCCGUACUCGGAGAGCAGGAUCCGCGUCUACAGCCCGAGCGAAAUCCUCGACUAUAACACAAAAAACGGCAGCACGCCGCAGAGUCUGAUCUGGAUGAGGGCUAAUCGCACGAAACCUCCCCUUACUGAUCCCGAAGGCUUCGAUAUCUUCUCCGAAACCAACGGUGGGAUCAAGUGGGUCUGCGAGCAGAAUUCCCCCUGUUACGAUGUGGUUCCCUUAGAGCUGACAUCUCCGGAUUACUUCUUUUUGGUGGAGGUGUCUAACAGGGCCGUGGACAACAGCACCUACUGUGACUAUGACCUGGAGUUUGUGAUCCACAUUCAUGGCUUGCAGCUCAGCCCCUCCCGGGCAAUCACCUUCAUGAAGAUUUCCAUGGCCAUUCUCACCAGCAUUGUCGUCUUGUAUAUCCUCCACCAAGUCUUGGGGCCCAUGAUUUGGGCCGGCUUCACCCGACUGAUCCAAAGGGUUGAAGAGGCCAUUGUUGUUCAGACAGAGUCCAGCGUCGCCUUCUCCACCUCUUCCUCCAACCAAAGCCAGGAGGGCUCCCAACACAUGCCCUCCUUUUAGACCAACAUCAGCAGCAAUGGCCACCUGUCCCGGAGCAGCAUGGAAGAACUGGCCUCCCAGUGUCCUAUCAUCCCCAUUGCGAGUCCGUGCCUGUAUCCAAACAUGCCUUUCCUCUCCGUGGUCUCAGCAGCCCGAGAGACCCUACACCUUCCUCCCCUGCUCUCUGCGUCUGGCCAGGACCAUUGUCACUGAGCUGGCAUUGCUGGGCGGCUUUUCCUGGCUAAAGCAGAGGGAAUCGGGGCUUUCCACAGCAGCCCUUGAGCAAAUGAUAGUCAAUCAGAACUGUAAAGACCUGAACCCACGGGGUGUAGGUCUAAACACCUCAGCUAGGCUCAGGCCAGUGGAGAAUGGUGGCCGGUAUUCCAUCAGCAGCGGGCCUUCCCCAGUUCAACUGGAACAAGAGCUCCAUUUGACCAUCCAUUUCACUGCCCCCGGCCUUAUCCGGGAUGGUACCUGAGCUCCAGGCAGCGAGUGGCAGGUCUGAGCAGGAUCGGGAGCUAGCGGGACCUUUGGAUACAGGAAUUCCCAUGUCGAAAUCUCUCGCUUUGUUGAACGAAUGAAAAUCUUCCCGUCUCCUUCCGGUUCCUUUUGUAUUUCCCACCCUUUAGCAGCAAGGCGAGGGGAGGCAAGUGGUUUCUGUGUCUGAAUGCAGGAGCGUUUGCUUAGCUGGUGCCUGCGCCGGGCUCCACGGGACUCUUGUCUUAUUUUGU